UUAAUGUUAUGGAACAACAAGUAAAACGUGGCCAUCAGAUGGAUAUUUUAUGUAUUGCUGGUACUUAUGAAGUCUUUUGUGGUCAUGUGUAUACAAAUGAAAUUAGAAUUUAUUUAAUGGAAAUGCAGGUGGUGUAUAGGUUGCACCUUUUAAAAAGGUUAGAACUGCCAACCCAAUUUUCACCAUAUAGACAACUUAGAUCAGUACUUUUGUGGGCAUGGAAUCUAAAAGGCAUGAUUAGAAAUCUUUGGUAUAAUAAAAUAAAUAUUGAUAUAGAUGUUUCCUCAACACUUUCAAAAAGCACUAAUCAUAAAAUGCCAACACCACAAAGAGCAAAAAAAAAAUAA